AUGUUUUGUGGACAGCAUGGGAAUGACGAGGGUAAAAACCUAACAAACUCAUACACGUGCGAAUAUCGAGAGGAAAGUUUUUGUCUUCAUUCUACAAAUACAAACGCGGUGCGCAUGGAAGAGAAGAAAAGGCAGAAUGGAUGGUACGUGAGGGUGGACAUAAAAGGUAUGAAAAAUAACAACAAUAACAACAGCAACAACAAGCUAAAAGCCGAAUCAGCAGAGCAAGGGAUCAUUAUCUUUUCAGUAUAUUAUGAAGAAGAAAGGGAAUGUUCAGCAAACUCUGUCACCUGGGUGACAUCUUCAUAUCAAAUUAACCUUUUCACGUUCAUUCGCAUGUCAUUUCUAUUCAACUCUCAUGAUAAGAGCGCUCUAGUUUAA